UCCAGCUUUGAGGAUGCAUACCCGGGAAUGUGAUGCUUAUUACUAGCAAAUAGUGUUUUGUUGCAUUGGCAAGUUGUAUCCGAAAUUGAGUAGCUAGACUUACAAAUGACGUCUGAAUCAAGAUGGUUUGUUGACAGGGCAAAACAACAGAAUCUUGCAUAAUUUACUACUUAAAUUAAACAUAAUGGUUCGUGGGAGAGAUGCCUGUUGGGAACAUUGUGUUCUAGUUGAUGCAACUAGGCAAAAGGUUAGGUGUAAUUACUGUCAGAGGGAGUUCAGCGGAGGAGUUUACCGGAUGAAGUUUCAUUUGGCACAGAUAAAGAACAAGGAUAUAGUUCCAUGCAGUGAAGUACCAAACCAUGUUCGGGACCAUAUACAAACUAUACUCAGCACACCCAAGAAACAGAAGACUACUAAGAAACAGAAGGUGGAUCAAGUUGCCAAUGGUCAGCAGCAUAGCUCUUCAGCUAGUGGUGGUGUCCAUCCCAACCAUGGAUCAAGUGGACACAAUGAUAGCACUAGCCCUUCUUUGUUAUUCCCACGCUCUUCUCCAAGUGCACAACCAACAAUUGAUAAUGCUCAAAACCAAAAGCAUGACUAUGCUGAUAUAAAAAUUGCUGCCUUUUUCUUUCAGAAUUCCAUUCCCUUUAGUGCUGCCAAAUCAACAUAUUACCAGGAAAUGGUGGAUGCUAUAGCGGAAUGUGGGGUGGGCUACAAAGCACCAAGUUAUGAUAAGUUAAGGUGUAGCCUCUUGGAUAAAGUAAAGGCUGAUAUAAACGUGACUUACAACAAACUAAAAAAUGAGUGGAAAGAAAUGGGUUGUACACUCUUGUGCGAUUGCUGGUCCGAUGGUAGGAGCAAAACGCUUGUAGCUUUUUCUGUUACAUGUCCCAGAGGAACAUUAUUUCUUAGGUCCAUUGAUAUAUCUGGCCAUGCAGAUGAUGCUCAUUAUUUGUUUGAUCUUCUUGAAUCUGUAGUUCUGGAAGUUGGUGUCGAGAAUGUUGUUCAAGUGAUAACAGAAAGCACUGUUAGUUAUAUCUAUGCAGGCAGGCUUCUCAUGGAAAAAUAUCCUUCAUUGUUCUGGUCUCCAUGUGCUUCACAUUGUAUAAACAAGAUGUUGGAAGAUUUUAGUAAGCAAGAUUGGGUGAACAGAGUCUUGGAAGAAGCAAAUACCAUCACAAAAUACAUAUACAGUAAUGACUCGAUUCUUGCUAUGAUAAAAAAGUUUACUUCUGGAGCGGAACUAAUUAGGCCAAAAUUUUCAGGAGUUGUAGCUCAUUUCCUCUCUUUGAGGUCCCUUGUGAUUCAAGAGGAUAAUUUGAAGCACAUGUUCUCUCAUACAGAGUGGUUAUCAUCCUUGGACAGUAGGCAGUCUGAAGCUCAAGCCGUCAUUUCACUGUUGCACCUAGAGAGAUUCUGGAAGGCUGCCCAUGAAGCUGUUGCAGUAUCUGAACCACUAGUUAAGAUCUUGAGAAUUGUAGAUGGGGACAUGCCUGCCAUGGGCUACAUAUAUGCAGCAAUGGAGAGGGCUAAAAUUAGCAUUAAGACAUACUAUAGAAGUUUGGAGGAAAAAUACGUGCCAAUGUGGGAAAUAAUCGACAGAAGAUGGUACAUGCAACUUCAUUCCCCACUUCAUGCAGCAGCUGCAUUCCUUAAUCCUUCUGUAUUCUACAGCCCUACCUUUAGGAUUGACUCAAGGGUGAGGAAUGGUUUUCAAGAAGCCAUGAUAAAGAUGGCUACAGAGGAAAGGGACAAGAUUGAAAUCACUAAAGAACACCCUAUAUAUGUAAAUGCUCAAGGUGCUUUGGGGACUGAAUUUGCUUUAAAGGGCCGGACAUUGAAUGCUCCAGGUGAUUGGUGGGCUGGAUAUGGUUAUGAAAUUCCUACACUGCAGAGAGCUGCUAUCCGAAUUUUAAGUCAACCGUGUAGCUCCCACUGGUGUAGAUGGAACUGGAGUACUUUUGAGAACAUGCAUAAUAACAGACGUUUUAGAGCAGAGCUUGACAAAUCCAGUGAUUUAGUUUUUGUACACUGCAAUCUCUGGUUGCAGGCAAUUUCUAGAAGCAGAGACGGCAAGAAUAGGCCAAUCAAUUUUGAUGAGGUAGAUGUCAGUUCUGAGUGGCCUACAGAAUCUGAAGCUUGCUCCCCUCUUUUUGACGAUGCAUGGUUGGAUUAUCUUCACCCUGAGAGUAGAGGUAAUUCUUUUGCCAAUUAUGAAAAUUUAAAUUGAAAAAUUUUGUAUAUUUCCUGUUAUUCAUACUAGUGAUAAAAUAUGUUUGUAGCUAAUAUUGCAAAUGAUGAUGAGUAGGUUCAAGAUGAGUCUGCCAUUGAGUUUUCUAGCUAAUGUUUAUCCCUAGAAGUGGAGAUGUAUCAGGUAAUGUAUUGGUAGCUUAUUUUUAUACUGAUCUUCUGAUUAAAAUUGAAUGUUCUAGUUUUCUGUGAUGAUAUUU